AUGGAUGCUAUGCCGUCUACGUGGGCACGUGGUGAUGUCCGAUAUGUUUUGAUGUUGUCAUUCAUUAAUUCAUUAACCAUUGCAUUUCCAGAACUGCAGAACGAGACAUCAACACUGCAGCCGAUAGACAUUCAGUGUAUGGCUAGCACAUUGUUGGCGAUUCCAGAGAAGAGCGAUUGGCUUGGUAGGUGUUCGAGAGCGGACGCCUCAGGACGUGCUCGAUGA